GACCACGGGGCUCUGAGGGUACAGAGAUGGAAACCUUAAAAUCUGAGAAUAAAAAGAGGAUCCUUCCCUCAUGGAUGACAGCCCCGGUAACUGAGAAGAGAGUGGCGCCAGUCAAGACCCCCAAGAGGAGGAGAACGGCAGUGGUGCCGGUGGCAGCAGCAAGACCUCCCGCGGCGAGGACCGUGUACUGCAUGAAUGAAGCGGAGCUGGUCGACGUUGCUCUGGGGAUCCUGAUUGAGAGCCGCAAACAGGAAAAGCUGUCUCCAGUGGGUGCUGAUAAGCCGGAGCUCUCCCCCACCUCCUCUGUGUCCCCUCACACGAGUUCUGGGAGCGGCAGUGAGGAAGAGGACAGUGGGAAAGACACCCGUGGCCCAGGCCUCAGCUCUUCCCCAGGGCCAGGGGGUUCCGACUCUGCCUGCAGCAGGAACCCCAAGGAGGACGAGGAUGUGUUAAAAUAUGUCAGGGAGAUAUUUUUCAGCUAAAGGAUAAGCUGUUAACUGGACUUUCUGCUGAGAGCAGCUGGAGGACAGCUGGACUUCUGCAGGGGCUGCCGGGGACUGUCCCCAGGGUGUAGAUGGAGCUGUCUGUGCUCCCAGCUUUGCGUCUCCCUGGACGUGGCAGCUUCACCUUGGGCCAGGAGCCCCAGGAUGCCCCAGGCCUUGGGGCUGUCGUUUUG